UACCUACGGGAGUAUCUUUCUUUAACUGAUUGAGACGAUUGGAUUGACCUAGCAGACUUCACUUCAACAUGGCGGGUGGACUUGCAGCUCCUAACUUUGCUGCUCUAAAGGCGGUUUAUGAAAGGCCAUCAUUGCAUAGGAUUAUGCAACCCAAAAAGCAGCUAGCAUUUUCAGGUCGGAGGAUGAAUCUGCAUUCUAAGGCUUCUCAUGAGGUUGAAGGUUCACCAUGGGACAAUAAAGGGUUAUUGCAGAGUCAAGAAUUAUAUGAGUAUGUUUUGGAGACUAGUGUUUACCCACGAGAAGCAGCGGCUCUCAAAGAGAUCAGGGCAAUAACAGAAAAUCACCCAGAAUUUUUUAUGGGUGCAACACCUGAUUCAGGUCAACUGAUAGCCAUGCUGUUGAAUUUGUUAAAUGCCAAAAACACAAUUGAACUCGGAGUCUUCACCGGAUAUUCUCUUCUUCUCACUGCUCUUACAAUUCCUGAUGAUGGCAAGAUCCUAGCAAUUGACCCGAAUCAACAGACUUAUGAAAUGGGCCUGCCAGUCAUCCGAAAAGCUGGGGUUGAGCAUAAGAUCGAUUUCAAAAACUCUCCGGCUUUACCUGUUCUUGACAAACUCUUGGAAGAUGAUAAAAGUAGAGAUAGUUUUGAUUUUGCAUUUGUGGAUGCGGAUAAAACUAAUUACGGAAAGUAUCACGAGAGACUAAUGCAGCUGGUGAAAAUUGGGGGUUUGAUAGUGUAUGAUAACACACUCUGGUAUGGAUCAAUUGUGAUGCCAGAGGAAAGUGUUCACGAGUUGAUGAGACAAGAUAGGAGUUAUUUCCUUGAGUUCAACAGAUUCCUUGCUGCAGAUACCCGAAUUCAAAUUUCUCAAGUUCCGUUAGGUGAUGGAAUGACCAUCUGUAGGCGACUCUUUUGAUGAAAAUAGGUACAUGGUGUGCUAAAAAUUGAAGCAGCCCCAUCUAUGUAUUUAAGAUUAAUUAUGCAGAUAAGCUACUUCCGUUGAGAUAUGAUGUUAUAAAUAAUACAUGUCCAUC